AUGGCAGGAGGGUCUCUGAACUCUUUCAAAUUCCAGAUGGUCACGUUUGUUUCGUCCUUAGUGCUAUUUUUUAUGGAUGUACUUAAUUGAUACAUAUGCACCAGGGAGGGAGGCCCCCCCCUGGGGAUGGAUAGGUGGCGUAGCACAUUGGUGGAAGAGCGACGACAGAAGAACGAGGGAUGAGCGACGAGAAGCGCCCAGCCGUGUCGUGGUAGCCUGUGGCGCGGCACAGUGGUGGAAGAGAACGGCAAAAAGAACCGAAAGAAGGGAGGGACGCGCCCCCGAUCUGUAGGGCACACGCAGCGGGCCGGCCGCAUAAUGUCAGACGCCGCCCGCUCCUCUUUGUUGCCUGAUGGCGUUACUUGUCGGCUCCCUUGUGUCUUACGGUCUUCUUGUUUCUUCCCGAACGGGCAACGAGCGACGAGAGAAGAAGGAGGGACGAGAGAAGAAGGAACGAGCGACGAGAAGCGCCCAGGGCAACGAGUUACGACAGAAGAACGAGGGACGAGAGAAGAAGGGAUGAGCGACGAGGGGCGCCCAGCUGUGUCGCGGCAGCCUGUGUCGCAGCACAGUGGUCGAAGAGAGCGGCAAAAAGGGCCGAAAGAAGUGAGGGACGCGCCCGCGAUCUUCAGGGUACACGCAGCGGGUCGGCCGUAUAAUGUCAGACGCCGCCCGCUUCUCUUUGUUGCCUGAGGGCGUUUCAUUCUUGUCGGCUUCUGUGUGCCUUUUGGUCUUCUUGUCUUUUCCGCGAUGGGCAACGAGCGACUCAGGCGGACGGGCACCCGGCCACCAAUGGCGUUAAAAACUGGUUAAAAAAGUCGGCUUUUUGGGAUCGCGGGGCGCCUGCCCUGGGCCGUUGUGUGUCUGUUUCGUUUCUGGGGUUUUUCUGCUUUUCUCUUGUUGUUUUGUUGGUAUAUUUGCGAGUGACAGGGGGGGCGCUUCUGAGUGUGUUUCUUUUCUGGUACUCUACAGAGGUCCUGCGGGUCUUGAAAUCUGCGGCAGCGGAUCAAAAAAGACGACCGAAAAAGUCCCUGUGCUUUUUCGGUCGUUUCUUUUUUUCGGUCGGUUCUGGUUCUGUAUGCUUUGGCUGAGUGACUCGGCUUGGGGGUGCAUGUCUUAGGAGUGUCGACUGAAGGGGGUGCAUCGCUGAAGCUGGUCAGGGAGGCGAUAGGCCGUCGGCCUUCGGGUGUGAUACUUCUGGCCCCCUGGGUGUUUUCGUGCUGCUUUUCAGUGGGUUGGGCUUGUUUGUGUUUGUCUUCUGUUGCUUGGUCGUCUUGGUCCGCCCCUUGUGGAGGAGGGGCCGGGGGCAUUUAGGGGAGUGCCUCUGCCAUUGGGUGCCCACACUGAGCCACGGCCCCGGGGCUUGACGAUUGGCGCAACAGCUCGCGCGGAAGCAAGUGCUGGGCCUCGCACUCGAAGGGAUGGGGGGACCCGGUAGGGGUCUCGUCUGGGCUUGGGGGUGGGGUCCCGGUCGACGGUUAAAAACCGGUUAAAAAACGGUUAAAAUUUUCCGACCCCUUCCCGGGUUGGAAAAAAACGGUUAAAAAAACGGUUAAAAAACGGUUAAAAUUUUUGGUCUUUUUCUCGUGCGAUUUCGCCUAGAAGUCGGCCGCUUUUGCUUUUGGGGUCGGUUUAGAGCAGUCCCGCCGAGUUUUGGAAGGACCUGCCGCCGACUUUUUUAACCGUUCCCAAAUUUGGCGCUAUUUUAACCGUGAACUUUAACCGUUUUUUUAACCGUGAAUUUUAACCGUUUUUUUAACCGUCAAUUUUAACCGGUUUUUUAACCGGUUCCCGCGGGGUCUUGGGACGCUUGCCUUCGGGCUGCGCAGCCGUGACGUAGACGGGGCCGCAUCUGACGCACCCGCCGCAUUCCGCUGGCAGGCCUCGAAGCGUGGUGUGGUGCUCGUGCAAGCUCCGCGGGGUUGGCUGGGUGCUGCGCGUGUGGACGUUGAGGCCCCGCGUCGAGCAGUGUCGACCCGGAGUGGGGCUGUAACGUCUACGCCAGUCAGGUUGCGUGGGUCGGGUCGCGUGAUUCUGGAGUGGGCGCCGGGGCCACAGUUCGCUGGCCCCUCGAAGUGUGGCCUUAACGUCCGCGCCGGUGAGCCUCGGGGGCUGGUGUGGUGUCGGCUCUUGGUGUCGGACCUUUUCUUGGGGUGUCUUUCUCGAAGUGUGUGGGGCCGCUUGCUGGAGGCCGGCCCAGGUGCAUGCGCUAGACCCGCGGGCGCCUGCUAUUGCAUUGCGGUGACACGGGUUCGCCCGGUGGGGUCUUUCGUGGGUCUUUUGUGUCGGGUCGGUUGUUGCCCCCCGGUUGCCAGAUCAGCUGACGCGGGUGCGUUGUGGUGUCUUUCGGUCGGGAUUUUCUCAAAGACCGAAAAUUUUAACCAAAGUUUAACCGUAUCUGUUGGCUCGGGAUGUGUCCGCCUGAGAGCGACGAGAGAAGAGCGAGGGACGAGAGAAGAAGGAACGAGUGGUGAGAAGCGUCCAGGACAACGAGCGACGAGAGAAGAAGGAACCAGUGACGAGAAGCGCCCAGCUGUGUCGUCGCAGCCUGUGGCGCAGCACAGUGGUGGAAGAGGACGGCAAAAAGAACCGAAAGAAGGGGGGGACGCGCUCGCGAUCUGUUUGGUGCACGCAGCGGGCCAGUCGCAUAAUGUCGGACGCCGCCUGCUUCUCUUUGUUUCUUGAUGGCGUUUCUUGUCGGUUUCUUUCCCUUUGUCUUUCGGUCUUAUUGUUCCACCCGUGACGGGCAGCGAGCAGAGACGAGAAGAACGAGGGACGAGAGAAGAAGGAACGAGCGACGAGAAGCGCCCAGCUGUGUCGUGCUAGCGUCCCUCACUUAGAUGGGAACUGAACCACGAGAGGGCCCGGCGCCAAGGCCGCGCUCUGCUCUCUGCCCUGGUGAGAAUCGCGCGGGGGCUGAGCGUAUGUAUGAGGGUCAGCCGGGCGGGGUUGUGUCGUGGUGUGUGGUGUCUCCCAUCUUCUACGAGGAGCUGGCGAGGGCCAGGGUUUUUGUUUCUUUCUUCCAAGUGGGCUCGGUAGCGAGUUUGUUAGGAGUGACCUGUCGACCCACUGCAGGCUUGUGAUGUGCAGCGAGUGGCGAAGGAUGGAGCGAGACGCACCCACAAGCAACGAGGGCGGGGGGCCUGCCAUGAGUCUGCGUGCAGCUUUGCUCCCACAAUGAGCGCCGAGAGACGCUGCAGGAAGGCUCUUUGCUGCAGGCUUAGGCUAGGCGUGAGGAGCUCGGCGCACUGACUUGCAACGAGUGACGGGGCAGACAGUUGCGAGCUGUGCUUGUGUGGCUGGGUUCCUAACGAGAGACGAGAGGGAGAGACCCACCCUACUCCUACUGGCUGCGCCGGGGUUGUGAUGUGCAGCCAUCGCACGCAUGACGAAGGACGGACAGAGAUGAGACGGACGCGGAACGAGUGGCGCGGGCUUGUGACGAGUGACGAGAAGAGACGCGGGGCUGCUUGUGUAAUAAGUGGCGAGAGGCUUCCAGGCUGUGGGCUCUCUCUUUGCUGAAAGCUUAGGCGAUCUGCGUCGACUUGUGACGAGCGGCAGCGCCUAGUGAUCAUUACUGACGUGCGCCGAGGGAUGAGCGAGGGGGCCUGGGCUGUUGCUGGGUUAGAUAUCGUUAGGAGAUCAUAGCCGAAACGUAGCGAACAACGCGCAUCAGCGACGCGCGGCAUUGUUUGGCGUGCUUUGGCUUCGUUAUCCAGACUGCAUCUGGAUGCUGUUGCUGCGCUUUCGUCUUGUCUACACUAGCAGACUGCUGAGCUUCUUGGCUUUUGUCUAAGUUGUUGCUGGCUGGUUCUGGUGGGUCGUUGCGCGGUUCUUUCUCCUUGUGUUUUUUCAUGUUUCACUUUAAUUUGGGGUCUACAUCUACUUCGCAUGCAAUGAGUUCGCCCCCCUUCUCUUCUUCAGGCUAACCACAGUAGGGCGGUAGCUGCCUUAGUCCCAAGGGAAACGCUUGCGCCCCGAGUAGAACGCGACGAGGCACGCGGUCACCUUCCUAGGCUCAAUAGAAUAGACGCUGGACGGCGCGCGGCUGUUUUUUCUUUCACAGUUUUCCCGGAGCGAGCGCGAGGCGCCUGGCUGCGCAUCGUCGACGUGGGUGGGCUUAUGGCUGGACUCAAAAAAGGUGGCGGCUUUUUUUUGUAAUUCCACCAAGUAGGACAGCCCCCGGCACACUCUUGGAAGGCUAGCGGGGUAUUGCGUGGCUGCUUUUUAGAAGAGUGGCGCUGGCCUGAUCCUCACAACGAAGACGGCGCGUGUGUUCAGUUUUGGAGGUGUGUUUUUUUAUAGGUAUGCUGGGCAUGUGGGUAGUGACUUUUUUUGUCACUAUAGUAGUUAGUGACUGAAGAAACCGAAAGGGGGCCUCAUAUCCUUCCCAGCGGGACUAGGUGGAGAGGGAAACGAGGAGGACGGAGGGCAGCGGGCUGAGAUGAAAGGCUGAGCAAGGACCCGCGUGGGCUAUAGGCAGCCCCCCAGCGAAGUGAAAAAGUCAGACGCGGCUGGGCUGGCACACACGCGGCGCCACCUGGUGCCACAUGUGUGCAGCGAGUCUUCGCCUUUAUCUUUUCGCUGGGCGAUCGUCUACAGUAUGACUCAGAAACUCCGCCCCAUCGCCUGACAGAGCACAUUUUGGCGCGUAGCCUCGCAGACAUAACGCUCGCCACCAUCUCGGAAACCGCGCCGCAAGACGAGACCGGCGCCACCUCGAAACGCCCCACGAGGGUCGAGAAGGAUUUGUCCGCAAGAGAGAAGAAUAGAGAGAGAGAGGUGUGGGAGACCGAGUAGGGGACUCGUCUUGCCACAUUGUGAAGAGCAAAAGCGAGGGCGAAAAGGAAGAGAGAAAGCAAGGACAAUCAGGGAAAGGGCCCACUUCAAAGUAGGCAGGUAAGUGUAGAAAGAAAAGCAACGACAAACAAGAUGCAAAAUGGCCGACCGAGUUUCCUAGUCACUGUUUCCCUAUGUUCGUCGCCUCCCUCAUCUCUCGUCACUUCAUUGCUGUGGCCUCAUCCUUUUUUAGCGUCGCAGGAGAUGGGACAUAAUCCACAUAAGAUCGAGAAGGAGCUUGGUGGGCAUGUUUGCAGUAUACUUAGUAAAGAUUUUGAGAUAAGUAAAUGCCUGGAGUCCUCAGCCGACCUAGCGAUCAGGCCGAAAAAGAGCGAUGGGGGCCGGGGAUGGCUUCCCAUCCAGUUGAAAGUUAGUAGCCAGAGGCCUGCCCCUUGGUUGCGCUCUUUGAGGUUCCACCUCAAGGCCAAUCAGACGGCCUACCACAGUGACAGUCUCCACGUACUCGGGUACAAUACCCAGAUGGAGGGCUACCUGCUCCUGCAAUGCAACCGCAAUACGAACUACGCGACCCUAAACCUAAAAGCCCCAGACUUGUGGUUUUCCGGCCAGGAAAUGGCGCAGCGACUCCGAGAGCAAUACAACACCCAGAGCACCGCCAGCCUCGAGGCCAUCCAUUUGGCGGCGUCAACGUCACCAAACCAACUAACGGAGCUCACGCUACGCAGCGCCUUUGUGCGCUCCUGCGCAAGUGCUGGCAUCACAACGACAGCACCCACAGAGGAGUUCGCAGCGGCUGACCUCAUCUGGCACCCACGCAGCGGCGCUUCGGCCUACCCCAUCCAAGAACGCACACUAAAGCGCAAGACGUCAAGUGGCAGAGAAAGCAAUGGACACCAGUGCAGCCUCAGCAGGUAUAUCACCCAACCCACUUGCCCUCGCCUCUUAUCCAGCGAAAACAUUUCCUAACUUGCCCCAAUCACCAAACAAGAAAGGCGGCAAGCUGUUUGCAAGCGAAGAUGUGGCAGCGUUUGCGUUUCACGUGCGCGACGAAGCUGCCACCGGCCAGACAGAGCUACGGGCGACAUACAUAAUACCCCUGGACACCAUGCGCGAGCAGGGCUAUGCCGUUGCCGGGUGCAGGUACUCACUACCCUUUUGCCACCUAAUGAAGCGCCGGCCCUAGGCCCUACCUUACUCACCACCAACGGCCCCUCCCCUAGCUAUCCAAACCCGCCUCCGAUUUCCCUCGACAUCCCCAAAAGACCUGAGUCAAAUCCUGCCAAAAAAUUAUCCAGGUCAGGCGCGCCGCACUAUUUCGCCUGCUAUCCCCCACGACCCGACAAAAGAGAGGCGGGUCGGCUGACGCAUUGGGCCGACGAAUAUCUAUGGACACACGGCCAAGAAAUGCCCAAAGCGGUCACAACCUGGCUCACAGCUAAAAACAUACUACCCCCAGACGCGGAAAACAGCAACCAGGCUGCGCGCAAAGGACUAGACCCCCAGCCAGAUACGAAAUCCACGCGCGCAGCAAGUGGAUCCAAAGGUGGGGAGCCCAAACCACGCACCUUGAGCUCACCGAAGCGGGCAACAAGCGCGACCCCCCACCUGGAAGCCGAUACGGCUACAAGCCCCCAAAAGGCUGCGAAACUCAGUCUGAAGCCAAGGAUCUCCAGGCAUUGCAUUAUACUAACACAAAAAAGGACUCUCUUACGUUUCUGGUGUGCAUUCUUAUCCACAGCUUUACACUUUUCCAAGGGUUUUGGGGACGCCCUUGCAGAAGGUAGAGGCAAAGUGCAGCAUUUGAAGCGUGUGACUCUUGUACAUUUCAAGUCCGACCAUCGCUGUGCAUAUACUAGAGGAGCUACUCUCCAAGACCUGUGCAGGAGUUCUAUUAUUUUAUGCCUGCUCAUGCGUUUCCACUUGUGAAGAAAUAAGAUUGCCAGACGUUGCCAUGAUUCAAGGGUUGAUGUGUUGAAAUAUACUACGCAGAUUCUGCACAUUUGUCGCGCCAAAGUGUUUCGACUGCUUCCAAAGUGAGUAGUUUCUUGCGGUAUGUCACUGAAUGUAUGGACUCGUAAGUGCAUCAAAGUAAUUUUUUACAAGUUGGUGAGUCUAUGCAUAUCAUUGCAGAACUAUGGGACUCGCUAUGUGUGUAGAAGUUCACUAUGCUACUAAGGGACUCUACUCGAGGAGCACCUGCUUCCACUUUAGUUUAUGUGGCCCCGAUGUCAUGCCCUCACAUCGAUGAUUCAGCUCAAACUUGUGGGGCCAGUUGCGGCCCCACGUCUCCUGAACAGACCCGCCAAGUGGGGCGCAUGGAUUUACUCCACCACGCGGCUCCUCGUUGUUGACAUAGUGGAGCUUGCACUUCUUUUCCUCUUGUAGUUUUGCUCGGCUCGUGAGCACGACUAUCCUCGCAAACCUUUCCCUACAGUAAGGGCAUCGCGACACCCAAGUCUCUGUAGAGUUUCUCCCCUUGUUCUCCCGUUGUUUGCGGUCGUUGUCUCCAAGUUGGACUUCUGCACGAGGGCGCUGCCCAAGAUCAUCCACAGGCUGCUCUGCAUCAAAGUCGGCAAUCUCGUUGCCAAGGCGGCGCCGCUUUUGCGAUCGGGGGCAGCCUGGCUCGAUCGCAUCCAACUGCAGCCGAUUACGCUUUCGGGCGGCGUCUUCGGCUUCCAGGUUCUCAUCCGAGAACUCAUGGGCGCGACGAAUCUCUUUCGCCAACAUCAGUCGCAAAAGCUCCACGCUGUUGAUGUCGUUGGCAGCAGGGAUGGCGUCCCUGUAAGCCAGUGACCGCUGCAGAUCAGUCGCGGACAUCUGCGACAGAAAGCCACAGAGCUCCUCCUCCAAAUUGAUAGACUCUCCCUUUUCGUGCACAGUGUAACCACUAGAAAAAGAGAGCUCGCCCGGGCCUAAGCAAGCUGACCUCCAACUCCGUGAAAAAUCCACAACAGAGGACCACAUCCGUGUGCAGGAGUGGCUGAAGCGAGAUAGUGCCAUCGAUGCGGCUGCGCAAACGGCGAGCCAGAUAGACUCCGCGAAACAGGACGAAGACACGCACUCGCUGGCCAUUUGCUUUGUCCGACACUAGAAGGGGCUCAGCCAGCAAGUUCCUGCGGCACACUUCAAGGGCGGCCGCGCAGAUCUGUGCCUCCUUCCACCUAGCUCGGACGUCGUCCUCACUGAGACCGCGACGGAGGUCUGAAAGGAUAGCACGAUAGACCAUCGCCGCACCCUGGUAGUCUGCCCAAGUCGUCCCAGUGGUCUCCGCGUCGAAGCUCUUCAGCAGCUCUGCCACCCGCUCGUAGUUGCUGCUGCCUCUGGGGAGUGUUGUGGUCGCUAUGUUCUCCAUCCUCUUGGGAGUCUCAGGGUCUGCGCGUGCGUCUGGUGUCGUGUUCUCGUAUGCUUCGAGCUUUUGCUUGACUGAGCUGACACGACACCCGCGCGCCUUCUCGAUGUAACUACGAGCAAAGUCAGGCCGACGCGGCCGCACGUUGUCCGCCUCUAGCAUUUUCGUGGCCACUUCACCACCUGGCAGUCUUGCCGCCCACUCCACCCGGCGCGCAAAGAUUCCACGAUCAGAGUUGCGGCCUCCCUGUUCCUUUUCUCGCCUGUUUUCAGAUGCCCAGUGGUUCUCGAGGUAGAACUCGCUAAAAAGCCGAACCCCGUUGACACUCUCGAGGGUCUUCCGCGUCUUCUCAUUCCCUCCAGGCUCUUCCGUGUACUUGUGUAGGAGUGUCUCUACUUGUUCCUGCUUGCGGUCCAUGAUCUUCGUCGCCGUCUUGAAGUCGUCACUAUGGAAGACAACUCCUCCCAUGUAGUGCUUACACGCCCAGACGUUGAAGAAUGGCAUGGAUCAUACAUCUCCCAGAUCCAAUGCCGCAAGUAACCCGAUGCCAUCAUCAAGCAAAAUUCGCGAAACUGCUCUGGUGUAUUCAUCGUGGUCAGCAUCGGCAGCGCCAUGGGCUGAAAGAUGCAGUCUAUGCACUUGCACCGGUGGGCAUAAAAGUCCACCUUAGUAGGGACGUCCGACUGCGCCAAGGUCAGCUUGCCCCGCAUCGCAAGCGGCUCCGCCAACGCUUCUCCGGGUUUUCCUGCCUCUAGCUUCAUCACUAGUCUGUAGUACUCGCACAGGCCUGCCGUGACGUUGCAGUGUGCUUCUGCAUCAACACGCGCAGCAGGUUCCUCAGUCUCCUUCAGCAGAUUGCUAGCGUAGAAGCUGGGCUUUUCUGGCACUAUGGAGACGCUACUACUUUUUUUGUUUUUCGAGAUUCUCAAUGAUGACGGUGCUGAAUCUCUAUCAGCCCCCAGGUCCUCCGCGUUGCCAAUGAACUCGAUGUCGGGAGCUUCUGGACCAUCUUCGUCAUCGCUAACGAGUGCGGCUACGUCUUGACUGCCACCAAGAGGAGCGUCGCCAUUCGCUUUCAUGUCUAUGAUCUUGCGGGUAACCGCGAUGGCGUGCGCACCAUGCUCGAGAAUCCAAAGAGCGCCCACGCGAGUCUGAAGCCAGCGACUGCUGUCAGCUUCUUCGGGUGAGCAAGCUGUUGUUGGGUUGUUGUGAUUUUUAGAAAUAGCAAGGAGGUGGGUGAUCUAUCGGUAGUUCUGUGAGGAUGCUCUUUGCUGUCUUUAUCAUUCAAAAACCGAGCUCGAGUCUCUCUACAAUAAGUCACAGGUUUUGCAUCAAACUGUCGCGCAACGACGCGAGGGGACAAGGUGGAGGCAUCACCGUGACCAUAGACCGUGACAGAGCCCGCCACGUGGCCACGGCAUAGCCCGAGGAUCUGAAUGACAAGGCACCUGACAAGGCACGUGACAGAAGCCCGAAAAGAGCUCUGCCAGAGAUCCUACCCGCUUCCUUGGCGUCGCCUCCAACUGUCCUAUGGAUGAGUCCACAGCUGAGGGACAAUGACGCAAAAUCUACCAUAGUAGAAAGUUCGAAAACCCGAGAGAAGUAGCAGCACAAGCCGAGAGAAUUUCGCGCAGGUCCUUCGCAGGAUUGUCUCGAAGUAUGUCUUGCCAGUUUGAUGGGUGGGCGCCGUCAUGCACAAAAUCCGCCAGCAGCCGAUCUUCUGCUUUCUUCCAGUCAUGGAGGUUGGCCCUCUUGCUGAAAGGCCCGCGCACAAAGCAGUUCACUGCCGCUCGAAGGCGCUUCCAUCGCUUGUUCUUCGUGCAGUGGUUACUAAUCCUGUGGAAGAUGCCAAAAAAAUGCAGAGUCAUCGUGAGCACGGAGAGGCACAACCCUGCACGACGUUCACUCUCCAGCUGAUCACUCAAGCAGACCAGCACGCGAUCCGGGACAGGAGAUGGGGCAAGAGGGUCUACUGUGAAAGGACCGAGGAUACUCGCAAGGUACGCAGCGCCGAGAAAAUGCUCCACCAUGGAGAAGUAGUACACUACUGCCUGUCGUGCUUUCUCAUAGAUGACAGCCGCGCGCGAACCUACUGUCUGCAGCGGCAACGCAAGAGAGAGGGGGCCGACGAUUCCAGACCCGGCAUCAGCAGCACCGAAAAGAAACUGGAGUGUGGGAUCAAUAAACGAGUGACGGCCUCGACCUGAGCACUUCACCUCGUAGGCGGAGGGCGAUCCUACAAGGAGCCAAUACCUUACGGCCAGCCUAUCAAUCUAGCAAAAAAAGUUCCAAGAUGAAUCCCACCCAGCACCUGACUAGUUACCGUCAAAAAAUAAGGGCUGUCCCAUUUGUUUCUAUACUCUUGCCAAUUAUCUACAAGCAUCACCCAGUAUAAAAGUCGAUAGCCAUGCUGGUGCAUGUCCUGCACGACGUGGCUUGCCACCUUUGGUCGACUCGUCGACAAGUAGCCCAAGGCUACCAGUCAGCUCUACUGUCGGGCUGAUUGCUUGUGGCCUGGGCCAGAGUCCUUGCACCCAGUAGCCGAAGAGAUAACUCGCAUAAAAGUGGGCCGCGGCGAGAGCCUGGCGGGAUAUGGGGAGGAGGAGCCUUAUGUCUUUUCUGUAUUUUAAGAUAAUAAGACCAACGGAAAUCCUUUCACAUCUUGAAGUAGUACAAGUUACAAAGCCGACCAGUCUACACCGUAGCUAUGUGAUGUCUGCCGUGCGAACUCUGACAACAAACAACGAUCUUGCUAACCCCCUCGUCUUUCGUCUUUGCUGCUGCUGUGGCCGUCUUUGGCCGCCCGACAAGUGCCCCAAUCUCCUCCAGCACUUCCUCCUUGUACUCCGGUUCCAUCCAUGAGGCGCCAACUUUCCGCAAGAGCUUGGCAUACUUAGCACUGGGCGCCUUCCUCUGUUCCGCAAUCCAGACGAGAGUCAGGCACUGAGGUUUAUUUUGGUGUGGAUCGUAUAUUUCACAGCUUUAGUGGUCAUGCUUCGAGUCUGUACUUGACUCCAGAACUGACGAGGUCCAUCGGCUAGCGUGAUCGUGUAGCUACAAGAUCCUCCCUAAGCAACAUCACCAGAAAAGUGAGAAACAGACACCGAACGACCCAAGGACAGAGAGUAGCAGCACUAUUUCCUCCGGCUGCGGCGUAGCAUUUUGAUUCCGGACCUUUUCCAGCACGUCUGCGCCUAUGUUAGCGCCCCAAUAUGGCAGCCAGUCGAUGAACCUACUGGCAUGUCUGUCGACCCAGUGUUUCUUCCAUUCUUGCGGAAUACAAUCCACGAGAUCGUCGCGCCCAUUUAGUCGCGCAGCAGUUCUUUUCGACAUCCUCCGAGAUUUAUCCGCAUGCAAGAAGUGCCAAAGGGAGUAGUUAUGUGUCCACUCUUCUUUCGAAACAUGCACUAGAAACAACCGUCGGCAGUCCAUAGCAAAAAGAUGCAGAAAAUUCAAAGAACGUAGCGAGAUGGAGUUUUUACGCAAUAGCUACAUAAUGAUGAUGGUGAAUCUUGGAUGCUGAUCUAUCAGCUUUCCUAUGUCCUCAAUGAAAACCAUGAGCCGCAAGUUUGAUCCUACAAAAGCAACCAAUCCAGAAGCGAAAAAUCGAAGAAAAUCGAGACGCGACAAGCUAUCAGGUUUACUAUCGAAAAAGCGUCAGGCCUCUACUUCCAGCGAACGACAUCCACCUCAUUCGAAUCCAUCCACAACGCACUCGGCUACUCGUGGGCCAACAAGUGCGCUCGUGCUCGAAGGGGCUGCAUCAUCAGGGGACCCUCCUGCCGCCUACUUCUAGCCGAUAACACAAACAGCGCGCGAAGCUCCCGACGGUGUUAUUAGAAGAAAAGAGGCAAGAACGACCCACAUGGUAGCACUCCUCUCGUCAACUUCUCAGAAAUGACUGAUGGGCGACCACUAUGAAAAUCGAAAGACCAUAACUCCAACUAGAUGGAUGCGCAGCGAUGUAACGGCGUCGAUUCAUGAGCAGACGUCUCGCGUCGGUGUGUCGAAUGGAUCAGAAGAAGGACGACGUUACGAACCAGAUUAAGUCAAAGCAAGUCUUUCACUUCUAAAAUAAAUGCUGUCCAUUAGGGGCACUGCUUGGCAGAUUCAGACACAUCGAAAGAAGAACAAAACCACGAAGAGCAUCAAACCCAAGAGCAAGACUAUAACUAUUAUGGAGUCUCAGCCCCAUUUGAACCUACACCGCAACCCACUUUCGAUCCAUAUCCCAGCCCCAUCAUCAAUCCCGACCUGCAUUGUCCAUCCACAUACUAGCGCGGGUCCGCACCCGCUGCGGUCACUUCUUGCCCAUGCUCUUGCGGACAAGAAUGGAGGAAGAGGAAGACGAAGAGGCUGCGGCAGCAGUGGCACCCGUCUCACCGAAGAAGGGCUCCAGGGUGGUGUUCUCUGUGGACGCGGUGGCAUUCGUGUUGUGCUUGGGCAAGUUGGUAUCCGGCUGCAGCUCCGUCUCAGUCGUGGUGGCAUCGGCGCCCAAUGACUCGACCGCAGAAACCUGGAGGGUAAAGUUAGGAGCUUGAUGAAGUUGCUGCUUAAUGUUCAAGGAUUGCUGAGAUUCAUGAUGUGGCAGCUGACAUUAUCUCCGUACGCAUAUGCUGUAGUGUGCUAUUUCUAAAAAAUCUAAAGACAAGCGUGUUAGUUCCAACAGCACAAAAAGUGCCCCACUAUAAGGUCGACCCUGUUGCACCAUGAUGCGCUCGAAGAGAAAGAAUAUAAACCGAAGGGAAAUACUCAAAAAAUGACCGUGGUCAGAAAGUACAUCCAAAAGAGCAAGCGGCCCAGCGUUAUUGUUCCCGUGAGCGGACCCGCUUGCGAGUGCUAGCAUGUCUUGAGCACCACUAGACCGGCUGGCCAGGUGCUUCUGCAUUGCGGCCCUGCUGGAGGCCAUCACGAAAUCCUUCAGCUUCUUCUGAAAAAACGCACGCACGCACUCGGUGGGGGCGCCACAGAUUUCAGCCUGGCUCUUGAACUCGUUGAGGAUGGACCAGCUGGUGACGCGCGAAGGCUUGGCUGUUGUUUUCGGCAGCUGUGAGCUGAAUUGGCGAAGAAGUGGAGGGAUAAGGCGUGGGCGAGGUUUGUUUUUAGACGGAAGAGUGGAAGCUUCAGUCUUGUAAUCCUAUUAAAAUGCACCACUUCACCUCCUUGCCAAAAGAACCAAGACGCCUAAUGUAGAUGGCUUCUAAUCAGACUCCAGGCAUGCUAACUGCAGAAGCGAUGACUUUGAGUCAAGACCAAAGCGAAGGAAUAUGUAAGACCGUGCGCGUGCGGUUGACUCGAAUGAUUUCCAAGAACUCCAUCACGACCUCCGGACACUCAUCGCAGAGCGUGACGAGCUGGCCUCUCGGUAAACCGAGCCAAUAAGACAAAAUAGGGCCCAGCAAUGGGCCGUCCGCGUUGGCAAAACCUAAUACGACGCUCAAGAUGCAGCGUCUCAGGGAGUUCCAGCGUGGGCACCCAGAAGAGGCCUACCAAGCCCUUCAAGGUUGCUACUUAGGGAGGGGUAAUGUUUUCAAGAAUGGAUUUAAGGUGUCAACGAGUCACAUCUUUUUCAUGAUUUUAACCGUGUCAAGUCACGAGUGCAGCACGAUCUCAACUAAGUCAGAAAUCUAAAAAAUCUAAAUCGUUGCGCUGACGACAUCGCUAGCUAUAUCAAAAACCCUCCAUAAUAUUCUUACAGGUGUAGUUGCUGGCUCCGAAGCGUCCCUCCGGAAGAUAGACCUGGAUGUCUCUUUUCUUUUUCUCCACGAUGACCUUGGCCGCGUCGGUCAGAGUCGACAACCGUAGCAGAGACGGCUCAUCGACAUGCUGCGCCUGGUCGGCCAGCCAGCGAACCAUCCGUGGGAUGUUCGACGGAAUCAUCUCCACCCUUUCUGGCAUCGUCGAUGAAGCGCCAGCACCAACAGAACGAAGCAACGGCGGACUUUUUUGUCCCUCAGUUUGCUACCACAGUCUUCCAGACCGCGUUAUGGAGUUAUCUAAAAGGAGGAUCUUACGGGGGCGGGUGUUAAGUAAUAGCUUACUACUUGCAUUAGAAUGCUCACCAAUCAUAAGGAAGUCCGUGCAUUUGUGGCCGCUGUUUGCAUUAUUAUGGUUCAGUCUCCUGCUACGCACAAGCAGUGCCUUUUUGGAUGAGGCCACAACAAUGUCGCUCAGUCACUCAAAACCGAUGGCGAAUCUCUCAGGUGGUUCCCUCGAAGAGGGCAAGGGAGUGCAGAAAGAGAAAGGAAAGAGACAGGCGCUGAUGGGACUAGGGUAGAGGCGUUCCGAGGUGGCGCCGAUCACCAGCCGCAGCCAGCAUCUGGACCGAAGACCGCAGCUCCGCAUUCGAAGCGACAGCGUCAAGCGGUCGCUUGUCGGGUUGUGGGGCGAAGUUUCUCAAUCAUAUACAGCCAAAGCGCGCGCUUGGCUUUACUUAGAUCGCAGCCCGCUGGCUGCUGUCGUCGUCAUCUCGCUCGCCGCGUGGUGCUCCUUGGGAGAUUCUGGGGCCCACACCCUAAGCAGCUGCGUGCCGCUUAGCUAUCUACUUCGUAAAGCCUUGCCCAGCUUAAUUAACUCAGUAAAAGCCGCGCUGUAACUGCUCUGAAACCUUGCCACGGGCUAGCACCGUUGCGCGCGAGGCGUUGGGGCCAUUCACUGGCUUCCCUUUCCCUCUCUCUUGUUGUAUGUUCGUUGGCGAAUAAGGUAAGGGGGGCCUCCUUACGGGCUCCGCCGUCUGUGUGUCGUCGGUCGCCGUCUGUCGUCGAUCGCCGUCGGCCGUCGUCGUCUGUCGUCGCCUGUUGUCGGUCGUCGUCUGUUGUCGGUCGUCGUCUGUUGUCGGCCGGGCGUCGUCGUCUGUCGUCGAUCGUCGUCUGUCGUCGUUCGUCGUCGGCCGUCUGUCGUCGGCCGUCUGUCGUCGGCCGUCUGUCGUCGGCCGUCUGUCGUCGGCCGUCUGUCGUCGGCGGCCGUCGUCUGUCGUCGGCCGUCGUCUGUCGUCGGCCGUCGUCUGUCGUCGGCCGUCGUCUGUCGUCGGCCGUCGUCUGUCGUCGGCCGUCGUCUGUCGUCGGCCGUCGUCUGUCGUCGGCCGUCGUCUGUCGUCGGCCGUCGUCUGUCGUCGGCCGUCGUCUGUCGUCGGCCGUCGUCUGUCGUCGGCCGUCGUCUGUCGUCGGCCGUCGUCUGUCGUCGGCCGUCGUCUGUCGUCGGCCGUCGUCUGUCGUCGGCCGUCGUCUGUCGUCGACCGUCGUCUGUCGUCGACCGUCGUCUGUCGUCGACCGUCGUCGGCCGUCGUCGGCCGUCGUCUGUCGUCGACCGUCGUCUGUCGUCGAACGUCGUCUGUCGUCGACCGUCGUCUGUCGUCGUCUGUCGUCUGUCGUCGACCGUCGUCUGUCGUCGACCGUCGUCUGUCGUCGACCGUCGUCUGCCGUCGACCGUCGUCUGUCGUCGGCCGUCGUCUGUCGUCGACUGUCGUGCAUCUGUCGUCGACCGUCGUGCGCCUGUCGUCGACUGUCGUGCGUCUGUCGUCGACUGUCGUGCGCUUGUCGUCGACCGUCGUGCGUCUGUCGUGCUUCUGUCGUCGUGCGUCGACCGUCGACCGUCGUGCGUCUGUCGUUGACCGUCGUGCGUCGACCGUCGUGCGUCUGUCGUCGACCGUCGUGUGUCUGUCGUCGACCGUCGUGUGUCUGUCGUCGACCGUCGUGCGUCUGUCGUCGGCCGUCGUGCGUCUGUCGUCGACUGUCGUGCGUCUGUCGUCGACCGUCGUGCGUCUGUCGUCGGCCGUCGUGUGUCUGUCGUCGGCCGACCGUCGUCGGCUGACCGUCGUGCGCCUGUCGUCGUGCGUCUGUCGUCGGCCGUCGUGCGUCUGUCGUCGACCGUCGUGCGUCUGUCGUCGACCGUCGUGUGUCUGUCGUCGACCGUCGUGCGUCUGUCGUCGACCGUCGUGUGUCUGUCGUCGGCCGUCGUGCGUCUGUUGUCGACCGUCGUGCGUCUGUCGUCGACCGUCGUGCGUCUGUCGUCGACCGUCGUGCGUCUGUCGUCAGUCGUCGCGUGUCUGUCGUCGACCGUCGUGCGUCUGUCGUCGACCGUCGUGCGUCUGUCGUCGUGCGUCUGUCGUCGUGCGUCGACCGUCGACCGUCGUGCGUCUGUCGUCGUGCGUCUGUCGUCGACCGUCGUGCGUCUGUCGUCGACCGUCGUGCGUCUGUCGUCGACCGUCGUGCGUCUGUCGUCGACUGUCGUGCGUCUGUCGUCGUGCGUCUGUCGUCGACCGUCGUGCGCCUGUCGUCGACCGUCGUGCGUCUGUCGUCGACUGUCGUGCGUCUGUCGUCGGCUGUCGUGCGUCUGUCGUCGACUGUCGUGCGUCUGUCGUCGACUGUCGUGCGUCUGUCGUCGGCCGUCGUGCGUCUGUCGUCGGCCGUCGUGCGUCUGUCGUCGGCCGUCGUGCGUCUGUCGUCGACCGUCGUGCGCCUGUCGUCGACCGUCGUGCGUCUGUCGUCGUGCGUCUGCCGUCGAUCGUCGUCGCCUGUCGUCGAUCGUCGUCGGUCGUCGGUCGUCGGUCGUCGGUCGUCGGUCGUCGGUCGUCGGUCGUCGUCUUAGAGCCCCCCGCGCGGUUGCGUUUUAGGCUUUAGGUAGGCUUUGCUGUAACUCGGGCCAAACUCGUGGCGCAUGCCUGGGCUCGUUUUUGCUGUUAGGGAGGUCAGCCUUUGCACCUCAAAAAAAUUGGCUGCGGGGUGCUCUUGGUUGGACCACUGAAGACGCAGAAAAUAAGGGGUCGCGCGGUUCGUGUUUCUCUUUUGUGGUUCUGCAGGCGCAAAAUGAAAAACAUAAGGCAGGCAAAAAGAGCCCCAAAAUCUGGGCACAUUCAUCCUUCCAAAUGAAAGACGGCGAAACCCAAGCACCGGCCGCCGCGGUGGUGGUCUAUUCUUCGCCUAUGGGUCCCGCUCUUCGCCUCUUGGCUUCUUUUUGCCAGCUGUGCUCUGGCCAAUAGGCUCGGCUCGGCUUUAAGCUGAUGUGAACACAGGACGAACGGAAGCAAGAAUGAAAAGAACGGACUCGCCAGGAACUGAGGCGAGUGGGGAGGACUUUCCCCGCCCUCGCCCUCUGCGCUACGCUACCGGCGAGCAGAUCACCAGCCCCAGGCCCCUCGGCUCUCAGCGGACGUGGAGCCCUCUGCGCUCGUAGUAGUCUAGUUGCGCUCGACUGGUCUCUCCACUCUUAUCUGCUCUCGCCUGGUCGCGGUCUCGUCUGUUCUGGUGUCCUUCGCUUCUUGUCUUUGCUUUUUGCUUUAGCGGGCUGCCUGUGUGGAAUGGUGUCGCUUGAUUUUAAUGAAAUGCCGACUCGAGUUAUCUUAUUCCAUGGGUCGGAUCUUCGAGGCAGUUCCAACCUCAUUCCAAGACGAGACUGGUGCGCCAAUUUCCCCUGAGUGCUCAGAGCGGGGCGGGCUCUUUCUUUUUCCGCCUCGCGCUCGGGGCUCGAGCUCCGCAGCUCUUGCGCUUUCUUUGGCUUUUGUUUUGUUUUGUAGUGCAGAUCAGUAUCGUUCAAUUUUCGGCCUAGCUCUACUCUAGUCUAGUGGCUGCCGUCGCGUGUAGUGUGGCCGUACUAGUCUACCUAUUGCAAAGCGUGCCCGGCUUGACUUGGGCACCGGCUGCACUCCAGCGCCCCAACUUCAAGGGGAUUCAGUUGGCCUUAGUAGACUAGUGCAGACGGGUACGGUAUCAAACUAACAAAACGCAGCAGAGGAGGCGGCUGCAACGUAGCGAGCCCAUCGACCCAAUCAGAGCAAGAAAGUAAAAAAGUAGCAGCGUGCUCUACUUGGGGCAACGAUCUAGCAGCCUUACGCGUGCCGUAGCUUGAAGACACUGGCUGAGCCAAAUGAAACCGAAAAAAGCCGCGCCAACUCUAAAAAAAAAUGACUAGCAACUACGUCACUGGCUUGGUGGCGUAGUGAGGAAAGUUGGAGAACUCCGGCUAACCAAAUAGGAAACGCGAGUAGCCUUAGUGCGAGGGCUGUCGCGUCACCCUCGUGAGAUCUAUCACUUAUGGGGGGAAUUUGCCUAGAGAUGGCGGGGGGGGGUUGCUCUUGUUUAUAAAGGUUCUCGGGGAUUAAUCGCGCAGACCUUGGAGCCUAUGCCCAUGGAGUCUCUCUGGGGGGAGUGGGUGCUCAGUAGUUAGCAAGCAAGAAAAUAAGAACGCAGAACGCUGCGCCUGCAGUAGCGCCAGUGCAUGAGUUGGCACCCGCGAGCGCCAUAGCGCAGCCCUGUCAAUGGUUGCAUGCGCGCCGCGUGCGGCGAAGGCGCUGAAUGUCGUGCGGGAUGACAUCUGGCGAACCUGUAUGGCACAGGAACGACCAGAGGCCCCGCCUAUAUGCCUACGUGUAGCCGCUUGUCGGCGACCUUUGAGCGACGUGAGGUAUGUAAGUAGCAAGCCCGCCUAGGGGUUCUAUUCCUUCGGAGCCCCAUGGGGUGGCUUUCUUGAGCUAUGGCCUCACCGCCUAACUUACCAAAAGGGCGGCGCCCGCCGCUCCUUGUCGCGAGCGCGAUCGUCCGCGAUCGCGACGGACAAGAUAGCCAACAAAGAAGGUCGCGCCAUCGCCGUCGCCUCUUGUCUGUCGUGUUGGCUCGUAGUGUAGUUGGUGGCGCGCUAUGAUUGACCAUCGCCAUCGCCUGCAACUGUCUGAGCAACCAAGGGCCAGAGUGGCUCGCGCCUCAUCUGCGCUAAAUCUACACCACCGCCCGCGUUACCUGUCGACCUUGACGAGGGGCACGCGGUGGCGGUCGUGAAGAAACUCGGCGGGGAGUUUCGACCCCACUCGCGCCGCUGUGUGGGUGCAAUCAUAGCAGCUACAACAGUAGCUGCUGGCCACUGCUUUGCUUAUGUGAAUUACAUGGAGGAGGCGCUCGGGUGGGGCACCCUCGUGGCGGCCUUAUGCUAUGGGAAGACGAAGAACAACGCCGAACACGAUGUAGGCCACCCUUGCCUUCCCAGUCAGGCGAGGGGCCUCCUUUGGGUCAGUCUACCCAAGGCAGCAAAGAAGCCGCGCCGCCAACCAUCCACCAAACAAAAGGGACGGGGCGAGACUCGUGAAGCGGUGAAAAGUGGGGCCUGCACCUGACCAAGAAGGUGGAGGCAGAAGAGGUAAGGGCCCUCCUCGCAACCAGGCGCGCAGGGUGUGGCGGCUUACUUCAAACCACGGGACAAACCUCGCGCGCAGCGAAGGGGCCGCCGGCUUGAUGAGUGGGCGACGGAGGGGUGCCACUGACUACUCCAAGGACGUAAUGAAAAAAGCUGCCAUGAAAGCCAACAAAAAGAAGCAGCCAGCGGCUGAGCAGUCUCAGGCCGCUCCACUUCGCAGCAGGCCAGCAGUGAAGCCGGGAGAGGACACGUGGCAGGCAUGCGUCUGGGCAUUUGGUUUGGCGCGACUUGUGGCCUUUGUGGCUUUGUUUGGCGACCGACGUAGGUAAGACGCAGCAAAGCACCGCCCGCGCUAAGCCUUUGCAAUGGGCAGCACACUUUUACAGAAUAGAACCCCCAGGAGGUGCCGGCGGGCAGAGCUGGCUGGGGCUAUGCAACAAGCUGAACGCGGCGGCAGCGUGAGCGGGCCUUGUUCCACCAAUGAGGCGAAAGACCUCGGCACCAACCGCCAAGAAGUAAAGACACCUCGGCCAAAGGCCGAGACCUACGCGCCGCAAGAUCGGUAGCAGGCUGGCUGUUGGUUCUUAGUUCUUACGUAGGUGGGGCACUUGCGUGCCUGGCUGGGGGCCACGAAGUCCCCGACGUGCUCUGCGUGGGUUUCGCGGCGUCUGUAGGUACAUAGCCCACAGUAGCGUAGGCGAGGCGCGGCCUGGCUGGGUGUCGACGGACAAAGGGUCUGGCGCUCAGGCUUCUGCUUGUGGUUGUGCUUGUGCCUGCAUGCCAUGACGCGGAAGGGUCUCGACUCGGUUGGGACUAUGGCUGAAAGUCUGCGCUUCUCUGGUGUCGUGGAUUUCAGGCGAUAGCUGAGACGGAUGGGGCGCGGCUGGAGUAACUAAGGGUGAACUGCCGCCCAGGCUUUGCGCUUGGUGAUAUUCCAGGGACCAGGCCUCAAGCUGUUGACAAACGCGGGGCCACGGCCUGGCGUGGGCUUCGUGUUAUAGUCCAAACUCCUCCCCAGCCGCGAGCCCAUCCGCAGGCCAUUUUUUGCGUUGAUCAUGCAGGGGGGGGGGCGGGCCUCGGACUGCAAACAGCGGCCAGGCGGUGCGCUGCUUGAGUGAGGUUGAGCAACCCAAAACAGACAUUGGCCGCAGCCUGAACGAAACCGCCCUCCGCGCUGGCUUGGCUUUCUUUGCGUGGGUUUUGCGCGGUGCUGGGUCAACCGUCUCGCGGCUUUUGUUGAGGUGAGACACUGCAGAGAGAGAGAGAGAGAGGGAGGAACCCAGACGGGGCAAGGCCUGGGCGACAGCUUGGGGCCAACACUUUGCGCGGAUUUCGAGCCGUGCCCGAAAAGCUGGCGGCUGGGUUUUGUCUGGUUGGAUUAUGCAGGGAGACAGGGCCAGACCAGGCGAUGGGGUGCGAGGCUUCGGCCUCUAGGGUCUGCAGCCAAGACGUGCCACGGGUUUCGCGUUGUAGUCCAGUCUUGACCCACCGGGGCCAUCGUUUAAGGCUCGCCCUUUGUAUGGGGCGGCCGGGGCUUGGCCUCGAGCGGUAAGCCACGCAAAACCUGAGCCAAAGGCCGGCGCUCCGCUUUUCUGCGUCUGACUGGGACGAGGGGGCCGCGCCAAAUAGUCCAGCUCGCCCAGGCUUGAGGUUUGUUUCCUCGGGUUGGGACUCAGAGUCCACACUUUGCGCGGAUUUCGGGCGUGCUCUUGCCGCGGUCCACACUCACAGGCAAAGGCCGGGCGGUGUAUGCCGCGCGCCCUGGGUUCUUCUUGGGUUUGAUUAUGCAAAGGAGUCAACAGCCUGGCGCCUUCCUUUUGUGCUGCAUUCGGCCUACGACCCGAAGGGGGGCCGCGCUUGUUCCCUUUGUGUGGGUUUUGCGCGGUAAGUAACCCAAACAAGGCCCGGGGGGAUACAAUACGAGCAACGCACGCCCGCCCGCCUUUUGUCUGUGUUUCGAAUGAGCUUUGGCCAAAGAAAGCUUGUCUUGAGCUGUCGCCGGCCCAGUCUCAUAUGGUGAAGCAGUGUCGCCGUUCUAGACCCGCCCGGUGGCUCUUUUUCAGUGUGGGCGAUGGCGUUUGCUAUGGUAAUCUUCUACAUUAUGAUCGCUCCGCUCUCAGCAUGGUUUGGUAUGACUGUGCCGCGCUAGUGAAGUAUCUGGCGACUCCGAAAAGUUUUGAGUUCGGCAAAGACAAGAAUAGUCAGAAGGGGCAGCGUAGUCGAACAGGCCCGGCCAUUAUCAAAAGAGCAAAGGCGCGCUGACUUUGACCCUAAUCAUAAGCAGCACGCAGGUGGGGGCUUUAAGGUUGACACGUGGCUGGGCUCAGUCAUCUCAUUCAGCAAACAAACAAGGAAGCGCAAGAGCUAGAGCAUACUGGUGAGCUGCAUAGUUUUGACAUUAAACCGCGACGGCCUUCGUGCUUAUGUACAGCUUGGGCGUUUGCUUAGCCUUCUCAGUCAUUCGCCCGCUUUUAAUUACCGCGCAAACUGUCUAAAAGGGUGCAACACGUUAACACGGCCAAGCUGUCAACAUCCAGGCGACAAGUGCCACGAAUGAACGAAACUGGACCCCUUACCGCGAUGAUUUUUGUACUUGAGUGGAAGAAAGACGAAGAGCCGACGUUCCGCGGCGUGCCGAGUGACUCUUUCGUCUGUUGUCUUUAUUCAAAACUUCAGCCGUUUUGGCUUAAUUGUCGCCGCUGAGUUGCUUGGCCGUGUCGGCCAGUCGCGUCCACGGCUCUCGCCUUUUUUGUAGUCACCAAGCAGGCGGUCGCUCGCUCUUGCGUUGGUUUUUUACGUCUUCAGUCACACGCAAGCGUCAACCGAUCUCCGCUGGCUCCGAUUGUCGACGCCAGCUAGGAGCUGACCUCGGUGGUGAGCAGUGCUAUACUUCCACGUCGUCCGUGUGGUCGUGGCACUCCUUUGGAGGUUGGUGCUACUUCGUCAGCUGCUGGCCUCGCACGUGGAUGGGAAACGCCACAGCGCAAGAGGUUCCAGCUCCUGGUCUGGCCCGUUCUGCCCACCGUGAUGCGCCUCCUGAGUGAGUUUUCACGUGUGCCCUUUCUGACAGUUGUGUGCUUCGUCGUGAAACUACAAAUGUUUCGACCUUUUGGCAUUUGUUAGCUUCUUAACUGUAGGCACGAGACCAGAAAGAUCGCCAAUCUGUGACGAAUCUGCGUGAGGAUCUUGGUCCAGUUCGAUCCUUGUCUUUGGUUCUUAUUUCAAUCAUUCAACUCGCCCGGCCUCGUUCCUCGUUCUUCCCAUGCAUAGAGAUCCCCACAACGUUCCACCAGAAUCAUGAACGCCAUGAAGGUCCCCGGUUCCUUGUUCGUUCUCAUCUUCAUCAGCAUCGUCACCAACCUGGUCGCAGUCACCAUCCUCAUCCGGAUCCUAGUUGUAGCCGUGCCAUCUAUCUUUCUCACCUGCAGGCUGGCAAUAGUGACCCGAGUAAUUCCACUGACUUGCAUGCGUGUGGUGGUGUUUUCAGUGUGUUCAUUCUAGUGGUGUAGUCAGUUGGUCGGUAUCUCAGUCGGUGGACAUUGCUAACACUAACGCAGAGCAUUGCGGGUCUGUGGUCUUGUCGUGUUGCGUGUUCGCGUUCCGUUUUGCCAAGUCGUAUUUUCAUUCUUGAUUUCAUUUCGCUCCAUUUUUGUUUGCUAGAAAUCAUUUCCACUUCGUCAUUUCUCUGGUGGAGGUGCAUUUGCUCCAGGAAGUCUAUCAGUACAUUGUGGCUUGCGAAAGUAAAACAUCCAAAGCGAGGCUUUGAUUGUAGAACGCAAAUCGAAGCUUGGACUGCAAAAGCAAAAGCCUCAUAUUCCUUAACAAGUGUAUGCAAGCGAGUCAAGCAGAUACAUCUACUUCGUGAUGUUAUCGAUGUAGUUAGUACUAUCCUUAUUAUACUAUCAACAUGACUUCAACAAUGAUCGUGAUAAAACUUGUUCCUCAUGUCGUCCUACUUGUACUUGUACAAUCAUUUCAUGGAUGUCGAUAUCGACGUCAUUGAUUUCAUUCGAUAUAAUUUCAAUUUCAGACCACUCCAAUCAAAACUUCUUUUGCCUAAAAACUACAAGAAAAAAACGGAACAUUGAUUAAUUUGAAGUCAGAUAUUGUACCUGGUUCAAGAAUUAUCACAAGAACCAAAAAGUCUCAAGAAGAAGUUUCUUCUGGAUACAUGGAAACUUCAUGCUGACGGUGCUUUCUGUCUGGUCACAAAGUACCAGAUGGGUCUUUUCUUACGCGUUUGCUGGCCCUACUAGGGGGAGUCAAGAAAAACUCCUGAG